AUGAAGGUUAUUACUUUUGUAACAAGCACUUUGAAGUACUUCUUGCAAAAUAUGGAGUCACCUAUAAGGUUGCACUUGCCUAUCACCCAUAGACUAAUAGUCAAGCUGAAGUAUCCAACAGAGAAAUCAAGAGAAUUUUGGAGAAGAUUGUGUGUCCAUGAAGAAAAUACUAGUCCAAGAGGUUGGAUGAUUGCAUUGUGGGCAUAUAGGACUGUUUACAAAACUCUGAUAGAGAUGUCUCCUUACAAAUUGGUUUUUGAGAAAGCAUGCCAUUUUCCAGUUGAAUUAAAGCACAAUGCAUAUUGUGUUAUCAAGAAACUGAAAUUUGAUCUCCAUGUAACAGGAGAGAAGUGUCUUUUGCAAUUUAUUGAGUUAGAUGAAUUCCAUCUUCAAGCUUAUGAGAAUGCCAAGCUUUACAAAGAGAGGACUAAAAGAUGGCAUGAAAAGAAGAUCAUUGAGCACCAUUUUGAGUAA